UUUGAAAAUAGUAAUGGUUUGUGGGAUAGUUCAAUAAUGACGAGGGGUAAAGUGAGUUUACACAUUUUUAAGAAUGAUUGGUUUCAAAUACAUAACAUCUAUACUCGCCUAACAUUACAUAUAUCAUCCAUGAAACAAGUAGUUAGAAAUGUACAAGCUAGCAAUAACAUCCCCCCCUUACCUCAGCAGGCUAUAGCUAACCAAUUUACAGUAACAUGUUCUUAGUGGUAAUUUUUUUUGGAUAGCUAAGAUAGCCAUCCAGUCUGGAUGAUUAACUAGCAAUUUUCUGUCCAUAAAAUACUGCUAACGAUAACGGGAUUGACAAUAACUAGCUACUGCUAAUUUUAGGUAAGCUAGUAAACCCCGGGUACUAUAAGCGAUUCGCAAUCAAAAGAAAGUAUUUUUCCGACCAUUAACACAGCAGGUACCUCGUGAGUAUUGAGAGCCGUUCGACAGUCCUUUUUAUAGAAAAGUACAUUUGCGACCACAGACGCCCCGGCCUAUAUUGCCCUGCAGCAUCCAAUUUUAAACCCAGAAAAACACUACAGCUUUUCACUCGAGUGACGUAAAUAGACAGGGAUCUGCUGCGAAGGAGGCCGCGCGCGAUGUCUCCCCCUCCCUCCUCUACUGUCAGCAAGAAGCCUGAUUGGUCCAGGCCUGGAAAAGAGAGUUCGAGAAUCCAGAAUGUGCAGGCCGCGACGUCCCUACUGUGGGAAAAAAUAGCAAAACAGGCUGUGACAAAACUAAGAAAGGAGAAAACCUUCCCAGGACGGAAAAGGGAAUUCGAAAACAGGUUAUUUUGUCCCUGGACACAAGAAGAACACCUUAUUUUUUUAACCAUUUUAUGUUUUUGCCAGUACGUUGGAAUCAAAUGUGAAGUUUUAGGAAAUUAAAGACAAUGGACCAAGGUGGUGGGGUCUUGGAGCUACACUCACAGGAUCUGAAAAUGCCCCACACUAUGAUAAUGCAGGACUUUGUGGCGGGCAUGGGGGGCAUGGCCCACAUCGACGGAGACCACAUCGUGGUGUCGGUGCCCGAGGCCGUGCUGGUGUCGGACGUGGUGACGGACGAGGGCAUCACCCUGGAGCACGGCCUGGAGGCGGAGGUGGUGGAGGGGCCGGACGUGGGGCAGGAGGACGUGGUGACGGCCGAGUCGGUGCUGGGGGCGGAGGUGGCCAUCGAGGAGGCGCUGGGAGGAGACCACCACGUGCUGACGGCCGACCUGAUGGGGGAGUCGGACCAGGUCUUCGUGGCCGACCUCCUCUCCCACCAGCAGGAGGGCCACCUGGAGCACGAGAUGGUGACCGAGGAGGUGAUGGUGGCCAACGCUGAGGCGGAGACGGUCAUCCAGGCCCACGAGGGCAUGCCCGCCUCCACCGUCACGCUGAAGACCGAGGAGGACGAGGACGGCAAGAGCACCUCCGAGGACUACCUGAUGAUCUCCCUGGACGACGUCGGCGAGAAGCUGGACAUCGGCAACACCCCGCUGAAGAUCAGCACCGAGGUGACCCAGGGCGACGGCUCCAAGGAGGGCGGCUACGGCUCCGAGGUCAUCAAGGUGUACAUCUUCAAGGCGGAGGCCGACGACGACGUGGAGAUAGGUGGGACGGAGGUGGUGACGGAGAGCGACUUCCACAACGGCCACGCGGUGCUGGAGCCGGGGAACGUGGGAAGGCUCUCCCGGGAGAAGAUGGUGUACAUGGCCGUGAAGGACUCCUGCCAGGGGGACGAGGAUAUCAACUGCGCGGAGAUGGCGGACGAGGUGUACAUGGAGGUGAUCGUGGGGGAGGAGGAGGCGCCGCCACCCGCCAUUCAGGAGUCGCAGCUGGAGGACCCCGCCGUCAACAAGACGUUUGUGCCUGUGGCCUGGGCGGCUGCGUACGGGAACAACCUGGACAGCAGGUUGGAGAACAAGAACGGCGCCGCCACCCAGUACCUGCAGAUCAGCGACAGCCUGAGCACCAGCAGGGCGCUCAAGCAGAAGGCCAAGAAGAAGAAGAAGGGAGAGACGCGGCAGUGCCAAACGGCUGUGAUAAUCGGGCCGGACGGGCAGCCCCUGACGGUCUACCCGUGCCACAUCUGCGGGAAGAAGUUCAAGUCGCGGGGCUUCCUGAAGCGCCACAUGAAGAACCACCCGGACCACAUGUUCAAGAAGAAGUACCAGUGCACCGACUGCGACUUCACCACCAACAAGAAGGUCAGCUUCCACAACCACCUGGAGGGCCACAAGCUGAUCAUCAAGAGCGAGAAGGUGCCGGAGUUCACCGAGUACACGCGGCGCUACCGCGAGGCCAGCCCGCUCAGCUCCAACAAGCUCAUCCUGCGCGACAAGGAGCCCAAGCUGCACAAGUGCAAGUACUGCGACUACGAGACGGCCGAGCAGGGCCUGCUCAACCGCCACCUGCUGGCCGUGCACAGCAAGAACUUCGCCCACGUGUGCGUGGAGUGCGCCAAGGGCUUCCGCCACCCGUCCGAGCUGAAGAAGCACAUGCGCACGCACACGGGCGAGAAGCCCUACCAGUGCCAGCACUGCGAGUUCCGCUGCGCCGACCAGUCCAACCUAAAGACUCACAUCAAGAGCAAGCACGGCACCGAGCUGCCCUUCAAGUGCGGCCACUGCCCGCAGGCCUUCGCCGACGACCGGGAGCUGCAGAAGCACAUGGAGAUCUUCCAGGGCCACAAGACGCACCAGUGCCCGCACUGCGAGCACAAGAGCACCAACUCCAGCGACCUGAAGCGCCACGUCAUCUCGGUGCACACCAAGGACUUCCCGCACAAGUGCGAGGUGUGCGAGAAGGGCUUCCACCGGCCCUCCGAGCUCAAGAAGCACUCAGAGACUCACAAGGGCAACAAGGUGCACCAGUGCCGGCACUGCGACUUCAAGAUCUCGGACCCGUUCACGCUCAGCCGCCACAUCCUGUCGGUCCACACCAAGGACCUGCCCUUCAAGUGCAAGCGCUGCCGGCGGGGCUUCCGCCACCAGAUCGAACUGAAGAAGCACAUGAAGACGCACAGCGGCCGCAAGGUCUACCAGUGCCAGUACUGCGAGUACAACACUACGGACGCCUCAGGUUUCAAGCGCCACGUCAUCUCCAUACACACCAAGGACUACCCGCACCGCUGCGACUACUGCAAGAAGGGCUUCCGCAGGCCCUCGGAGAAGAACCAGCACAUAAUGCGCCACCACAAAGACACCUUGAUGUAACGCCGUAGGGGGCGGGGCCUCGGGGACAGGGAACGUACCAUUUGAGGGGUUAUAAAUGAGUUUCAAUUACCCGUUCUCCUUAUCAGUGCUCAUCUGCCACCCCCGCCCUCCGAGAAGCAUGAGACGAGUCUUAAAAGAAAUCAUAGCAGUGGAAAGUACUAGACGGAGCGUUGCGGGUGGAGAUUAGGGAGGGGAGGGGUUUGUGGGAGAGGAGCGGGGCGUUGGGUGAGCAGUGGAGAGGAACGGUAUCACUCCAUUCUACAUGUAAUUCUUUUCUCCUUGAUUUGUUGCAAAAAAACCUGUCACCUGUCAACAUUCAGGGGUUCAAAUGUUUUUUUUUUUUUGUGUUUGUUUUUUUUUUUUUUGAAUAACCCACUUUGGUAAAAUGCUGCAAGCAAAUAGCCUAAUGUUCUCAGUGUUGGGAGAGAUGCUUAAGGCUUAAGGCACAUCUCAUACUAUCAAACAGAAGUCCUGCGCGUGUGACUUUCCCUCCUUCAUUAAACUACCUGAGUGUGGUGCGCUUCAUCCUCGGUAAAUAACACGUAUAUCCUUUUUUUUUUUUUUUUUUUAAACCAAAUAUCAAGCCUUCGUCUGCAUUUGUUUCUGCUGAUCAUUUCCUUUAAACCCAGUCUGGGCUGUGGAUUGAUUUAAGCUGUGGCCCACUGAUGUUGCAAAACUUGCUCUGAAAAAUGUUUACAUAUUCACCCUGCCCUAAUUUAGCUACCGCUGCAGGAAAAAAAGAGGAAAAAAAAAAAUCAGAUCACUAGAUUUUAGGCUUCUGUGUAACAUUGUCCCUGAACACGUCAUUGGAUUGUGUCAAAUGUUCUGUCAUUUUAAGUCUCCAACAUUUGAACUGGAAAAAUGAUUGAAUUAGUAAUUUCAGUGGUAAGGGUCAUAGAAUUAAAUUGUGAUUCACCUUGUGAUUGCCACUAUUUGAGUGUAUACAUGGUUACACGUAACUACCUGCCAGGCAAACAUGCGCACCCAUAUAGUCAAAUACUUUUGUUCACAAUCAUGCCUUACCUGUAAUUGUAAUUUCCAUGCACUGUAUUUAGUAAAAAUGUAAUCAAACUGAUUUAAUUUGUAAAAGUCUCUGUGAUGUAUCAGUACGUUGAGUGAUUCUCUGAAACCUUGUGUAUAUUUUAGUAAAGUGAACUCAUUUUCUCAAGUUCUCGAGAGGAAACAGGAAAUGGGUAUUUUCAAGUUUGUGUUCUUUAGCCAAUGCAUUGUCUGAUCGUGGGAAAUGGAGUUGGAAGUGUUUGUGCUCAUUUUCACUUCACAUGCACAGUCUUGGUUUACGCCCCUCCAGCAACGCUCAUGAACCCUAACGAAGCCUUAGCACGAGCAAACGUUUAGCGCGGAGGUGAGUUGCCCCUUUAGCAGGGUUGAGCGGGGCCGGGUGGGGGUGGCUGUGCCUUUGUCUUUGCGUUCGUCACAAGUUGAGCCCUGCAUACAGCCCCACCUGUGGCCCAGGCCACUGCUAAAAUUGAAUCCCGUGUCCUGUCCGGGCUCCUCAGCUCUAAACCCGGCUGCACUUUCUACCGGAGUGCGUCCUGUAGUUCGAAGCCAUUCGAUUCGCCCGCACCGUUUCAGGCGGACUGCCCCUCCCCCUUCCCUUUUCCUGUUUCUAAGGCACCUUGUUAUGUUGUAAAAAAAAAUUUAAAAAGUGGGUCUAAAGCAAAGGUUUUUGAUCCCCUGAAAUGUUAACGCGCCCCCGACAUCGGUCAGUCGUCCACUUAACUUAUGUAGCCGAAAUAUAGACUUCAGGUGUCACAGAAAGCAGAACGUGGUGUACUGGCUUAUUAAACUGCAUUAUAUUGCCCUCUGUAUCCUGUAACUGCUGUACAUUAAAACAGACUGAUGACCGCGGACCUUGUCAUCCCAUGACGGAACGGUCAAAUGAUCCAAUGUAUGCUUUUUAAGUAUUUCUGUUUUUAUUUGAUUUUUGUUGAUGUCAGUUGGUGGAUUACCAGUAAGGGGGAACAAAAAUAAAUAUAAUUUUUUUAAAAGGACAAGUUCCUUUCAGUUAUUUAAUUACAUUUUUUCCCCAUUUUGAAUUUGAAGGCUUGGCUGGUUUAAAAUGCAUCCUUAAGGUGGAACAGUAAGACUUUAUCAGGAGCUCUGUUAAUGCAUAUCAGGGUAAUGGUAGAUUUUUAAAUAUUUUUUAUUUUCCAUUUCAGAAUUAUUUGGUAGGGUUUAUGAUAUCUCGUUCUUACUGUUGCAACAGUGAUGCAUUUUAAGCCUUCUUUAUAGUCUAUAUGGCAAGACUUGUUAGUGAGACUUUUUGAAGUAUAGAUAUAGGUUGCCGUUACAGAUGAUUAUAUUGAGUUGCCAAAAAGGCUUAAAAUGUAUUGCGUUCCACACGAGAGACAGAUAAUGUGGUUGUGUGCACAUUAAUUACUGCUGUCUGUUUAUCAACAGCAUUGAAAAUAUUGUUGAAAGUAAAGAAUUCUCCAGUUUAUACAUUUAAGAAAUUUGACAUUUGUCUAAUUGAAAUAAAACUUUUGUCCCACUCAAAAUCACUAGUAUUAAAUCCUAAAUAGUUUCAGAAACUAUUUAACGGCAUAGUAUGCAGAAUUUUCAGCUUGGAAUAUAUAAAACGACCAUGCUCUGUCAUUACUACGAUGCACUGACAAUCUGUGUCUGUAUUCACUUCUGCCCAGUCCUUGUCGGAAGGUAUUCGUUAUUUUAAAAAGUGUUUGGGAUGUUUCUGGGCGUUACCCAUUUUUGUUUGUGGACUGUAUCUGAAAAACAUGUAGCCAAUAGAAGAGGAGUAAACGUGUAUGGGCUGGCUACUGCAGUGGUGUGUUUUCAUUCGGGUUAAUGCUGGAGAGAUGGGGUCGCCUUGUUGGCUAACCUAAUGCUGACCAAGUGGCUGGUCAGCGUUCUGUAACGUUAUGGCUGCCAUUAUUAGCUAACUGAAUUCAGUUAUGUUUUACAGUGUUAGCUGCUGUGGUUCGGAUAUUUUACAAAGUAACAACUUAAGGCUGGAGAAUAAGAUUCACAAUCCACUUCCUUCGGCUCAUAUGGGCUAGCUAGCUUUCAUUAGUUGGAAAAUCCUACAAUAUCAUGUACAUUUUUUUUUGGUACAACUGCAGUUUGACUAUAACAGACCAAUAUUUGUGGUCGGCGAGACACAUUGCAUUUUUCACUGAAUUAAUAUCAUGGGUGAACGUGCGGUCGUGUGCAUUUUUUGUCAAGGGGAUUGGUUGGUAGGCUGGAGGUUGGAGGUCUUCUAGGCUACCCCCCAAAUCUGCUGAAGUGGGAAGGCAGCCUCCCAUAUAGCUACGUGGUGGACAUUUUCUGCAAUAGAUUCACUAUGUAAAGAUGCAAAAAAUAUAAUCUAUAAAAAUAAAAGCAACGAUAAAUUGA